GACGGGCGACACGAAACCGAGGCUGCGCGUUGAUUCCAACAUGGCAGCUUCCUGAUGCAACUUUCCUCCUCGGACCUUUCGCUACCUUCUCUCCCCUUCAGACUUCUCCUACACCUGGGACAAUGAUCCUACACCAAGUCUUGCUUUACCUCGUGCACACCCUCCUAGCGAUCAGGACUUGGCUAGCGUCUCUGUACCAUGGCUUGAAGAAGCCGCUCGCCUUCAAACACCGGAAGAGGACCGUUCCUCGGAUCAAGUCGGACUCGAAGGCGCUGAGCAGGCUGCCGAUCCACGUGGGGUUGGUGGUGGUGGAAGAGGAUUUCAGAUACGGGGACCUGGCCAGUUUGGUGGUGUGGUGCGCGGCCAUGGGCAUCUCCUAUAUCAGUCUGUACGACAGCCAGGGAAUUCUCAAAAGAAACAACACAAGUCUUUGGCAGGAGAUCAUGAAACAACAGCAGGAACUUCUAGGGGAGGAUAGUAACAAGUACAGUAUAGAGCUGGUCACAGGAAACAGAACAACAACACAGCUAACAGGACAAAAAUAUAGCGUUGAGGUUCGUCUGUUGUCGUCAGAAGACGGGAGAACAGACUUGUUACAGGCGGCACAGCGGUGGUGUCAGGCCGUGGAGGCCAGACGGAAGAAAGUGGGCGACCUUGAACCCACAGCUCUGGAGGGGCUGCUACAAGCUACAAAAGGCGCCCCCGAUGUAGACCUGGUCCUGAAGUUUGGGACAGUCGACAGUUUACUGGGCUUCCUGCCAUGGCAAAUACGCCUCACAGAAAUUCUGUCACUGCCCACCCAUCACAGCAUAGACUACCAGACCUUUCUACUGGCCCUGCAAUCCUUCGGGAACAUAGAGCAACGCUUCGGCAAAUAGCCCAGAACCUCCGCAGAGAUAUGUGUAUUUUUUGUAGUCAGAAAUGCCAAUAAAAUUGAAGCACUUUAUGAU